AGCUUUCAGCAAACUCACCCCCCCAUUCUUUCCCUUCCCUUUCCUUUCCCCUUCUCUCCGUUCUUCUCACUUCCAUCUCUCUUUCUCUCUCUCUCUCUCCUCCCUUUCUCUCUCUACCUUCCUGAUUCGACGAUCGGACGGUCGCCAAUCCCCACCCAUGACUCUGAUGACUCCUCCACCGCUAGAUCAGCAACAGCAGCAGGAGGACGACGAGAUGCUGGUCCCACACACUGACUUUCCUCACGGUCCGCAGCCAAUGGAAGUAGCUCAAUCGGAAUCUGCAAACACCGUGGAUGCCCAGCCAGUGGAUGAUCCGCCAUCAGCGCGGUUCACGUGGACAAUUGAUAACUUUUCGAGGCUUAAUAUCAAGAAGCUCUAUUCUGAUGUCUUUUAUGUUGGAGGCUACAAAUGGAGGAUACUGAUUUUCCCCAAAGGGAACAAUGUGGAUCAUUUGUCAAUGUAUCUAGAUGUUGCUGCUUCAGGUGCUUUGCCUAAUGGGUGGAGUAGAUAUGCCCAGUUCAGCUUGAGUGUUGUGAAUCAAGUUCAUAGUAAAUUCUCUGUUAGGAAAGAAACUCAACAUCAGUUCAAUGCACGUGAGAGUGAUUGGGGAUUCACUUCAUUCAUGCCUCUUGGUGAAUUAUAUGAUCCUGGUAGAGGGUAUCUUGUGAAUGAUACAUGCAUAGUUGAAGCUGAUGUUGCUGUACGUAGAGUUGUUGAUUACUGGUCACAUGACUCUAAAAAAGAAACUGGUUAUGUUGGACUUAAGAACCAAGGAGCUACGUGCUAUAUGAAUUCUCUUCUCCAAACUUUGUAUCAUAUCCCUUACUUUAGAAAGGCUGUGUAUCAUAUGCCAACCACCGAGAAUGAUAAUCCAUCGGGGAGCAUCCCCUUAGCUUUGCAGAGUUUAUUUUAUAAGCUUCAGUACAGUGAUACUAGUGUAGCAACAAAGGAGUUGACCAAGUCUUUUGGAUGGGAUACUUAUGAUUCAUUCAUGCAGCAUGAUGUCCAAGAACUCAAUAGGGUUCUUUGUGAAAAGCUUGAGGAUAAGAUGAAGGGAACUGUUGUUGAGGGUACUAUACAGCAAUUGUUUGAAGGGCACCACAUGAACUACAUAGAAUGCAUCAAUGUGGACUAUAAAUCAACAAGAAAAGAAUCAUUUUAUGAUCUUCAGCUUGAUGUUAAGGGCUGUAGGGAUGUUUAUGCUUCUUUUGACAAAUAUGUGGAAGUCGAGCGUCUUGAAGGUGACAAUAAGUACCAUGCUGAACAGUAUGGUUUGCAGGAUGCGAGGAAAGGUGUUCUGUUUAUUGAUUUUCCACCUGUCCUUCAACUUCAGCUAAAGCGGUUUGAGUAUGAUUUUAUACGGGAUACCAUGGUAAAGAUAAAUGACCGCUAUGAGUUCCCUUUGCAACUUGAUCUUGAUAGGGAGAGUGGUAAAUAUCUCUCACCUGAUGCUGACAGGAGCAUCCGCAACCUUUACACUCUUCAUAGUGUUUUGGUACACAGUGGGGGAGUGCAUGGUGGACACUACUACGCUUAUAUCAGGCCAACUUUAUCUGAUCAGUGGUUUAAAUUUGAUGAUGAACGGGUAACAAAAGAAGAUAUGAAAAGGGCAUUAGAGGAACAAUAUGGUGGUGAAGAAGAGCUACCACAGACAAAUCCUGGCUUCAACAAUGCUCCAUUUAAAUUUACAAAAUAUUCAAAUGCUUAUAUGCUUGUUUAUAUACGGGAGAGUGACAAGGAGAAAAUAAUUUGUAAUGUUGAUGAGAAGGAUAUUGCUGAACACCUGAGGAUAAGGUUGAAGAAAGAACAAGAAGAAAAGGAGCUAAAGAGAAAGGAAAAAGCUGAAGCACACCUUUAUACCAUUAUAAAGGUUGCACGUAAUGAGGACCUACUUGAACAGAUAGGAAAGGAUAUAUACUUCGAUCUUGUGGAUCAUGACAAAGUUCGUAGUUUUCGUAUUCAAAAGCAGAUGCCCUUUAAUAUAUUUAAGGAAGAGGUUGCCAAAGAGUUUGGCAUACCGGUGCAAUUUCAACGGUUCUGGUUGUGGGCCAAGCGCCAAAACCAUACAUAUAGGCCAAAUCGACCACUGACACCUUUGGAGGAAACACAAUCUGUUGGGCAAUUACGAGAAGUAUCCAACAAGGCAAAUAAUGCAGAGCUGAAGUUGUUUCUGGAAGUAGAACUUGGUCCGGAUAUGCGACCUGUUGCUACUCCAGAAAAGACUAAAGAGGAGAUUCUUCUAUUCUUUAAACUUUAUGACCCUGUGAAAGAGGAACUGCGGUAUGUCGGGAGGCUGUUUGUAAAGGGAACUGGAAAGCCUGCUGAGAUAUUGACAAAGUUAAAUGAAAUGGCUGGUUUCAGUGCUGAUGAAGAAAUUGAACUUUUUGAGGAAAUAAAGUUUGAACCUAACGUCAUGUGUGAACACAUUGACAAGAAGGCCACUUUUCGUGCUAGUCAGCUUGAAGAUGGGGACAUCAUUUGCUUUCAGAAAUCUCCUCAAGUUGGAAGUAGUGAACAGUGCCGCUAUCCUGAUGUUCCCUCAUUCUUGGAGUAUGUCCGUAAUCGUCAGGUUGUUCGCUUUCGUUCUCUUGAGAAACCAAAGGAAGAUGAGUUCUGUCUCGAGUUGUCAAAGCUUCACACCUAUGAUGAUGUUGUUGAGAGAGUUGCUCAACAUCUUGGGUUGGAUGAUCCUUCAAAAAUCAGGCUCACAUCUCACAACUGUUACUCCCAGCAACCUAAACCUCAACCUAUCAAGUUUCGAGGAGUAGACCAUCUGUCUGACAUGCUGGUGCACUACAAUCAGACUUCUGAUAUUCUCUAUUAUGAAAUAUUGGAUAUCCCUCUUCCGGAACUGCAAGGCCUUAAAACUUUGAAGGUUGCUUUCCAUCAUGCUACCAAGGAUGAAGUCGUGAUUCAUACUGUUAGAUUGCCAAAGCAGAGCACUGUAGGUGACGUGAUCAAUGACCUUAAAACGAAGGUGGAACUGUCUCAUCCUAAUGCAGAAAUCAGAUUGCUUGAAGUUUUCUAUCACAAGAUCUAUAAGAUUUUUCCGCUCACUGAAAAGAUUGAGAAUAUUAAUGAUCAAUACUGGACAUUGCGUGCAGAAGAGAUCCCUGAAGAGGAGAAAAACUUUGGUCCUCAUGAUCGUUUGAUUCAUGUUUAUCAUUUCAUGAAGGACACGGCUCAGAACCAGCAAGUGCAAAAUUUUGGAGAGCCAUUUUUCUUGGUAAUUCGUGAAGAUGAGACUUUAGCUGAAGUAAAAGUUAGAAUACAGAAAAAGCUGCAAGUCCCUGAUGAUGAGUUUGCGAAGUGGAAGUUUGCAUUUUUAUCACUUGGUCGUCCUGAAUACCUCCAGGACAAUGAUAUUGUUGCCAGUCGAUUUCAGAGGAGGGAUGUAUAUGGGGCUUGGGAACAGUAUCUUGGACUAGAACACACUGACAAUGCUCCCAAAAGGUCGUACACGGCCAAUCAGAAUCGCCACACAUUCGAGAAGCCUGUGAAAAUUUAUAACUAGGCCCCCCACGAAAAAAAAAGAAGGAAAAAAAAAAAAGCAGAUCACUCAAGCUCAUUUCAUUAAGUGAAUUUCUAAGCAUGUGCGGUUUUGAAUAGACUUGAAGAGGGACAGAGGAAAAGCUUGCGCAGUUUGGCGCUUAAAUUACGGUUCCUGUUGGAUGUAGCUCACUUCUGUUAUAGAAGAGGUGGGUUCAAAUUUCGCCUUAAAUAGCUAUGUAUUCUUGCGCAUGUGGUGUAUUAAGGUGAGGUAGGUCGCAUCUUGUCUUCAAUUCGUUUGUAAUUUUAGUACAUAAGAUUUUGGAUUAGUGAAUGUAUAGAGGGUAUAGGUGUUUGUUUCCCAUGUUGGUUUUGUUUUCAUCCGAUUCUCCCAUCAAAUCUUUUGUCAUUCCUAGAAAGCUUUUAGGAGUAUGGGGACUGUGUAUAAUGUUAUAUCUGACUCUGAGCCUACAGUUGCUUUUCUUUUUUGACUUUUAUGUCCUCCGUUCUUCGGGAGGGAAUGAUCUUUCGCGAUUUUGGUAAAUGAAAUCAACUCAUUUGAGGUUCAAUUUA